AUGUCGGGUUCAGAAGGGGUCACGUCUGCGUCAGCGUCAGCAUCAUCAGGAACAUCCAAUACGUCAGAUUCUUCAGGCACUACGACCACAGAGGGUACCACCACGACAGAAACCACGGUUGCAACUGCCACCACGGCGGGGUCCGAGGAGAACGGACAGAAGGAUGAAGCCGCACAGAAGGAGACGACCAAGAGGACUCCAGAGGAUAUUCCGGACAAGGGCGUUCAUGGCUACGCCACAACUCUUAAGCCAAAGGGAGUCAUUCGUCGCGCCAGGUCCAUAAAGACCACGAGAUCCUCAGUCAGGAGACGCGAGCUGGAAGCCAGAGAAGAAUUAGUACGCAUGGAGCUGAAGCAAGCCAAAGCUGCGGCGAAUCAAGCCCGUGUCAGAUUAGAGCUGGCACAGUGUAAAGAGGAGGACUCCGUGGACGAAGACCAGGAAGACAGAACAGCACAGUUGCAGAACUGGAUCGAGACAUCAGUAAUGGAAAAAAAACAACAUGGGAAAACACGAGCAACGAGGUCAGCACCCUCCGCAGGAGCCAAAUGUGAAGCCUGA